GUCGGCCACCGCCCCCUUUCUCAAGAUGGCGUCGCUGCUGCAAUCGGAGCGGGUGCUGUACCUGGUGCGCGGCAAGAAGGAGAUGCGGGCGCCGCUGUCGCAGUUGUACUUCUGCCGGUACUGCACCGAGCUCCGCUCCCUGGAGUGCGUCUCGCAUGAGGUGGACUCUCACUACUGCCCCAGCUGCCUGGAAAACAUGCCUUCAGCCGAAGCCAAGCUGAAGAAGAAUAGGUGUGCGAACUGCUUUGACUGCCCCUGCUGCAUGCACACCCUUUCCACCCGGGCCACGAGCAUUCCUGCUCCGCUCCCUGACGAUCCGGCCAAGACUACCAUGAAGAAAGCGUAUUACUUGGCCUGUGGAUUUUGCCGCUGGACUUCCCGGGAUGUGGGCAUGGCAGACAAGUCUGUUGCUAGUGGUGGCUGGCAGGAGCCGGAGAAUCCUCACACACAGAGGAUUAACAAACUGGUUGAGUACUACCAGCAGUUGGCUCAGAAAGAGAAGAUCGAGCGGGACCGAAAGAAGCUGGUGCGGCGCCGAAACUACAUGCCCCUGGCCUUUUCGGACAAAUAUGGCUUGGGAACCAGGCUUCAACGCCAGAGGCCCGGCGCACCGAUCAGUGCCCUCGCUGGACUCUCACUGAAAGAAGGAGAGGACCAGAAGGAGAUCAAGAUUGAGCCAGCUGAUGCAGUGGAAGAAGUGGAACCUCUUCCUGAGGAUUACUACACAAGACCAAUCAAUUUGACAGAAGUGACAACUCUGCGUCAGCGUCUGCUGCAGCCUGACUUCCAGCCGAUCUGUGCUUCCCAGCUUUACCCACGUCAUAAGCACCUCCUGAUCAAACGUUCACUGCGCUGUCGGCUAUGUGAACAUAACCUGAGCAAACCAGAAUUCAAUCCAACAUCUAUCAAAUUCAAGAUCCAGCUGGUUGCUGUUAACUAUAUCCCUGAAGUGAGAAUCAUGUCUAUUCCCAACCUGCGCUACAUGAAGGAGAGUCAAGUCCUUCUGACUCUGACCAAUCCAGUGGAGAACAUCACACAUGUCACACUGCUGGAGUGUGAGGAGGGAGACCCUGACAACAUCAACAGCACUGCCAAGGUGGCAGUUCCUCCCAAGGAGCUUAUUCUGGCUGGCAAAGAUGCUGCGGCAGAAUAUGAUGAGCUGGCAGAGCCUCAAGACUUCCAGGAUGACCCUGACGUUAUUGCCUUCAGAAAAGCCAAUAAGGUAGGAGUUUUCAUCAAGGUCACCCCGCAGAAAGAAGAGGGCGAAGUGACCGUGAGUUUCAAGAUGAAGCACGAGUUUAAAAUCCUCACCGGUCUAAUCCGGCCCAGCGAGGAAGGUGAUCAUACCUCUGGGGUUGUCUGGCUCACCCAUCACGUGGAGCUCAGCCUCGGUCCAGUGCUCCCGUAAACGCUCCCAACGCUUGCGCCCCGACGGCUGGCCGCAGGACGGGCUGUCGCAGUGAGGAAAGCGCCUGGCGAAGCUUUCUGCGAGAGCUCCUUUGUCGUGUGUGGGUGUGUGCCACGGGCCCCAGCCGGGCCGCGAGGAGGUGGCUGAGGGUGCCGUGGUUUGGGAUGGUUUGUUCUCUCUCCUCUUGUCGUAGUGCCCACUAACUA